UGCAGAAUGAAGAAACACAAACAACCGAAAGACUAUUUUUUGAAAGAUGUCCUAGCCUGGAGUCCGGAGUGAUGUACAGCGUGAAAGCCAAGUGCACCAAUGGGUCUCACAUGGAGAGCAAAUCUGUAACUCAGGGUAUCCCGGCUCCCAAAGAAGAAUUGAUACGGAACUUUGAUUGUAUUUACUAUGCGUCUGAAGCUAUGAACUGCACAUGGAAAACAAUGAAUGAGACAGAAGAUCUUCAGCUCUCCUACUGGUAUGAAGACCAGCCAGCACCUGAGCCCUGCAAGUUGUACCUAUUUGAACAAGGUGUGAAGAUGGGCUGUCACCUAAGUGGAAAGUUCCUCAACCACAGUAAUCUCAGUAAUCUGUCAAGCGCAGUCCACUUUGACCUCAGUGGCACUCAGGGCACUUCCACCCUGAAUAACUACUUCCAAAGGAUGCCUCGGGACAAUGUGAGGCCCCCACCCCUGCAACUGGAUAUUUUCCAUGAAAAUAACUCCCUGUAUUUGAAAUGGAAAGACCCUGGUCUGUUCAAUGCAAAUUGUUGGGACUACCUCUACCGGUUCAAGACCAGUGAAUCCCGGGACUGGAAGAUGGGUAAUGUUUCCAGGACAACCAAUGACACACUGGUCUACGACGUCCAGUAUCAGUAUGUGGUGCAGGUGAAGGCCAACUUCACAAACAGAUGUGGAUUUGGAGCCACGGACUGGAGUUUGGAGAAACGCUAUGGUCAGCCCAAACCACCGAACUGGUCCCCGCAUGUUGUUGUUAUCACCAUUCCUGUCCUGUUCACAAUUGCUGUGAUCAUUUGCCUAAUCUUCAUUAAGAAGUAAGUGCUCUUGGACUGAGAAAGAGACAUGAGCCGUGUUGGAGUCUCAUGAGUGCCUGAAAUGCAGUCAUGUUGUCUUGUGUUCUUGGAAUCGUAUUAGAGCAGAACGCAUUUAACCUAUAUUUAGCAAGGAGAAAUAGUCAAAACAGUUUUCUUAUUUGCUGAUUGGGCAUCCUGUCUCAACAAAAUUAUCUCCAAAGCAGCUGGUCUGCUUGAAGCUGGGGCUGUUUUUCUUCCAAACCACACUUGGAAGCAGUCACAAGCAUUAGCUGCUCUGCCAAUGACCCUUCCUGUUGGAUUAAGCCUCUGGUAGUAACGAUCAUCUCUCAGGAAUAUCUGGCCUUUUUGUACUUUGUACUUUGCUGUCUCAUAGUUAGAGUUGCCCAUCUUUUUUUACAAUAGAUUGCAUUGUAUUGUCCUAUGUGCUCAUAAUAGUGCUAUACAUACAAUUUUUCCUCUUUUACUGUACUUAAGGGAGUUUAAAACUCAAGUUUUCCAUUUUAAACAAAACCUGUCAGGCCUCUGAAUUAAAUAGUAUUUUACAAGUUUCAAAGACACUUCAAAAUAAAAGGUUUACAUGGGAUUCUGAGAAUUUCUUUCACAGUUUCUGAUAUUUUACAGCAUAAACAUAUGGUGCUUUUCCACUGACAUACAGGAACUGAAACAUACCCAAGCUGUACUGUGAGGAGAGAGUAGUUACAAUGUGGGGUUCCAGCUUGCUUUGGUUUUCCACUGCAGAAGGGUCAGCUCAGUUGCCAGUCUGCCAGGUUUGGAGAGUGACAGCGACAUAAAACUGAAGAGAUGCUUUACUGUUCACACGGUGUACAUCAUGACUUACCAUGCUAAUUUCCUAAUAUUCUAGCACAUCUGUGAGAAUCACCAUGUUAUGUUAGCUAUGUUAUGUAAUCAAACACUAGUGGAAUUAUCAUUCGGUUGUGUAAAUUUGCGCUACAAAUCCAUUUCGUUCAGCUGUUCUGUGGUAGUUUUUGAAGAAGGAGGUUAGAUAUUUUCAAGUUCAAAGUUAUAGAAUGCAUUAAUACAUCGCAAUGUGCGAUACUACUAAUAAUGAAUAUGCCCUCUCUGGAGAGUCACCACCUUGUCGUGGUGGAGAGGCUUGCAUGUGCCAGAGAUCCUAAGAGCAAUACCGUCUCGAGCCACGCUCCUGGUAGGGUCACCCUUGGCGGCAAGGCUGAGGGGGAGGUGCCAGACAAUAGCGCGACUCAACAGACUUCAACAGCGGAGCAAGCGGAAGAUUCUGUCCAGGCAUGCAAGUGGAUCACAACAACGGCUGUGAAGGCUGCAGCAGAGAGGGACCUUCAACUGUCUUGAAGUCCAUGCUGUUUAUAAUAGGUUUGUCUCUGUCAAGGACCGUGUGGUGGGUAUUUGUGCCCCAGUCUCCCCACGUUAAAAGAAGCCACGCACAGGCGUCCACCUGUUUGGAUAAUCCAUCAGCACACUCCUCUCUACAGACUUCUCGGCCUGACUAUGAACAUCAAACGACAAAGGUUCUCCAUCAGCCCCCACCAGACCAUUCUACAUCCCCACCAACAAUAACAACUGAUGGUGAAUGUCUUGAGAUCAUGGAUAAUUUUCCAUUUUUUGGGAAGCCACCUCUCCUCAAGAGCAGACAUCGACCAUGAGAUUCACUACCGUAUCUGCUGUGCUAGUGGGGCCUUUGCAAAACUUCAUAGGAGAGUCUUUGAAAACUCUGAUCUUUCAAAAACCAAGUUACUGGUAUAUAAAGCAAUCAUUUUACCAACACUCCUAUAUGGAGCAGAGACCUGGACAACAUAUAGCAGGCAUUUAAGAGCCCUGGAAUCCUACCACCAAAUGUGUUUGCGUAAGAUUCUGCGUGUUUCUGGGGAAGAGAGGCGGACUAACAUCAGCAUCCUAGAGGAGGCAAACUGUGACAAUAUUGUCACCACCAUCAUAAAACACCAGCUAAGAUGGACAGGUCAUGUAAUACUCAUGUCUGAUACACGGCUUCCAAAACAGGUUCUCUACUCAGAGCUUUCUGCCAGCCAGCAUGCACCUGGAGGACAGAAAAAGUGCUAAAAGGACAUCAAAACCAACUUGAAGAAAUUUCAAAUAAACAUUUCAAACUGGGAAGAUAUAGCUAAAAACAGAACCACAUGGAGAAACAGCCUACAUAAGGGUGCCACUCUACUUGAGGACAAUCUCCGACAGGCUGCCAAAAUCAAGUGGCAGCAAAGAAAGGAGAGAGUCACUGCCAAACAGGCUACCCCCAGCACCUCAUAUCCAUGUCCACAUUGUGACAAGGAUUGUGGUUUGAGAACUGGCCUCUUCAGCCAUCUGAAGAUCCACAAUAAGGACCCCCCAGGUGGACCAUCAUGCUCGACUCCAAGUGAUCGCCGAUGAUGAUGAUGAAUAAAUAUGCAUGAUAUACAUGUUUUUCCUUCAGAUAGUACAUGUGUAGAACACCGGUAUCUCCUUGCAUUUUGACCAGUCAAAUAGUGGCGCCUAAAUCAACUCGGUUUGAUCACGCUUUCAGCCCUGCUAGUAAGCAGGGUUAUGUGAUCAUGGUUAUGCCAUGGGUACGGCUCACAUACUUUACAAUGUAAAACCGGCAAUUUGAGGUAUGGCUCGGU